AUGGCGCCGUCAGUACUUGUAGGUCAACCAGGCGAGCAACCCAUUGCCAUUGCUCCAAAACCGCUCAAUAAGACGGUGAUACAGACCUCCACCCCCAAUCCAUCGUUACAAGUGACUGCCGACCAUCACUUGAAAUCGGUGAACGCACCAGUCUAUGCGCCCGGGCGAGGAGAAGUACUCGUUCACAUCAAAGCCACAGGCAUCUGUGGAUCGGAUAUUCAUUUUUGGAAGACUGGCCGCAUCGGAUCUCUGGUGUUUGAGGGUGACUGCAUUAUCGGCCAUGAGGCUUCGGGGAUUGUGUUAGAAUGUGGUGAAGAUGUGAACAAUCUAAAGGCUGGCGACCGAGUGGCCGUGGAGCCUGGAGUGCCCUGUGAGCACUGCUUCUUGUGUGAUGAGGGACAAUACAACCUUUGCGAAGACGUUCAGUUCGCUGGUGUCUAUCCCUACCACGGUACAAUUCAAAGAUUCAAAGUGCAUCCGGCAAAGUGGCUGCACAAGUUACCUGACAAUGUCAGUUUCGCCGAAGGUGCUCUGCUCGAACCACUUUCGGUGGUCAUGCACGGCAUCAGGUCCACGGGGCUCAGCCUGGGACGGGGAGUUGUAGUUUGUGGUGCCGGUCCGAUUGGCCUGAUCGCUCUGGCCGCAGCUCGUGCAUCAGGUGCGCACCCCAUCGUUGUCACGGACUUGGAGCCUAGCCGGUUGGCCUUUGCCAGGGACUUUGUUCCUUCGUGCAUUACCUACCAGGUGGAUAGGAACAAGGAUGCCCAGGGAAAUGCCCAAGCCAUCCGUGCGCUAUUCGGAGAGUCUGAAUACGUGGCACCGGACACGGUGUUGGAGUGCACCGGCGUGGAGAGCAGUGUGUGUACAGCGGCAUACACUGCGAGACGAGGCGGCACCGUGAUGGUGAUUGGAGUGGGCAAAGCGAUGAUGAACAAUUUGCCUUUUAUGCAUCUUUCUCUUGCCGAGAUUGACCUACGCUUCAUCAACCGCUACCGUGACACGUGGCCACCAGCGAUCCAGUGCCUCAGUGGCGGCAUCUUGGACUUGAAGAAACUGGUCUCGCAUGUUUUCCCGCUUGAAAAGGCCGAGGAUGCUCUGCAUCUCUGUGCCGAUCCUCGCAACGGUACCAUCAAGGUAUUGGUGGUAGAUGAACAGGAAGCCCGAUUAUAG